AUGCCCUUGACCUUUCAAACCAAUGACGACGACAUCGACAUCUCCGGUGCCGAUACCAUCGCUGGGCUGAAGACCUUUGCCAAUCUGCCGUUUGUGGAUUGCUUCUCUGGCGGGGACGCCGAAGGUCAAUUAUAUGACAUUGCCAUCUUCGGCGCCCCUCACGAUACACUCCAAACCCAGGAACAAGAUGCUAAUGAAGACAAGGGCAUCUCCGGACGACCAGCAGCAAACUCGGCCGUGUCUGUCACACCCAGGAUUCUCGCGUUGGGCGGCGACCACACGACUACAUUGUCAGCUCUUCGGUCGACGUAUGAGAAAUGGGGACCUGUCUCUGUCAUUCACUUUGAUAGUCAUAUUGAUACGUGGGACCCUUCCGUUCUUGUAACUGCGCGGGAUCUCGACAAGCUCGGCGCACAGGGCAUUAUCUCCAAGAUCAAGGAGCGUGUCGGUGACUCCAAGGUUUACAUCAGUGUUGACAUCGAUGUUCUUGAUCCCGCUUUCGCUCCAGCUACCGGAACGGCUGAACCAGGAGGCUGGUCAACCCGAGAGCUUCUCACAAUUCUCGAAGGUCUAGAAGGCCUUUCAGUUGUAGGCGCCGAUGUAGUGGAGGUGGCACCUGUUUAUGACAACGCAGGCGAAACAACAGUCCUAGCCGCGGCCGAGGUCGCCUAUUCCCUCAUCGACCUCAUGGUCACAACUCCUGUCAAGUCAAAGGCUGACCUGGAAACCGGCCAAUGA